CUCCCCACACCCACCCACCUCCGCGGCUCCCAAGCCCUAGAUGUCCCCUUCCCACUCCUCCUGCCUCCGCAGCGCCGCCGCUGCCGCCUGCGCCCCGAGCCGAUCACCCCAGAUCUCGCGCGAAUCAGAGGUCCCGCGCCUCCCCGUGGCCCGAUUCGCCGUCCGUGCGCCCGGGAACGGCGCCGAUUUGAGACGGUUUUGGAGGUGAGGCGGGGUGCGAUUUAGGUGGUCCUGGGCCUUGCGGGCCCGGUGGAUGGAUGCAGUGGAACUGCCGUUACCAGCCAAGGUGGAGUUCGGGAAAAUCCUGGCGCAGGCAGCCGCGGUGGAGGGGGUGGACGGAGGCAUCCCCGGAGGCGGGGGCGGGGAGGUGCUCAGGCGCUGCGCCGACGCGGACCGGCGGCACGGAUGUAGUUAUUUAGCAGGUAGUAACUAAUUUCCAUUUCUGUGGUGGCGGUGGAGAGGGAGCACGGCACUUCCAUUUUAUUUCUGGCACGUCUGCUUGGAUGAGAUGAGUUUCUGGUUGUCGUGCAGAGAUGUAUGCUAAUGAAUUCUGGCACGGGAAGGGGAAGCCAGUUGGAUGACUUGCGUAGCAGAUUUUGUGAGCUCUUUUCAUGAUGAUGCCUGCUGCAGCUUUGAUGUUUUUCCCCUGUAUUGGUUGAUCUAUUGUUUGUGGUCCGUGUUGGUUAUAUGUGCUUGUCUACAAUAGGUUACAUGUUAUUCUCUUUUUCUUCGCAUAUGAUCUUGAGGUGUUUGCAAUUGAUUGUCUAGUGCCCCUGUUAUGAUGUUAGCUAGUGGUCUAUAGUUGUCUUUUCUGGUGGUUGUGGUGGCAUUUACUUUUCCAUCUUAUGCUCAUGUUCCCCUUUUCAAAGACUUUCAUGUUGCUUCAUUUGAUCUCAUGAAACUUUUUUUCUAAUGUGUCACUUCGCAGCAUGGACCAUUCCCAUUAUCUUUGUUAUUGUCUUCUCGUACUGCAUUGCUAGCUUUAUUUACAAUAGAAAUGCAUAUGGUAUAUAUUAUGCCCGUUUACUUAUGUUGCUUGGGUUGGGUAGUUCUGGUUGACUUAGUGCUACUUCGGUAUUCCCAUUUACCGCCAAGAAAUCCUAAAAUAUGUAUGGUGCAAUCGUUAAAUCUGUGCAUGAUUGUUUAUGAGUGUAUCAUUGUUGGGAAAAAUGGGCAGAAUUUACAACAAUUGAACCCUCCAAAAGUUUUCUACUGCUCUGUGCUGAGCAGGUUCCCUUUGGGACAAGAUAUCAGGAUAUUAUUUUGUUUGAUUUAUUGCAUAAAGGACUACGAUAUAUAUCACUCAGCUGCAUGUAUGUUGGAGUCAGUUCCUUGGAGCUCCUUGCAAUUGAAAAUUGAAUCAUUGCCCUUGAAGGAAACUCAUGCUGUGGUCUUUGCUUAUUUGAACAUGUGGCUUGCACCCUGAUUCUGGUUGUACGUUAUGCAGAUUGCAUUUCACUUGGUUGCAUAUUGGAUUCCAACAAUGAAAUGAACAGUUUUAUUGAUCUUUUUGUCUAUUUGUGUUUCUUUUCGAGUAUUGAGUAUUUUCUGAAGAUCAAUUCUAUUUUCCUCUUAAAUUUCUUAUAUUUAUAUUUUUUGGGGACAUUCAAGAGAGCUGUUUGUCAUUUAUCAGAGAAUCAAAGAAAGGAUCGGUCCCUUCCGGAGCCCUAGGGUGAUGACCAAACUUAGACAUGCACGCAGAAACACUAGUUAUCCUUGCUGAUUGUGACAUUUACACGUAUGGUUUUAUUUACUGUCGUAUGUACUUUGGACUUAUGUUUCUAUCAUUUGUUGGUCAUUAGGCUAUAGACUUGAGAAAUAGGUGGAACUUAAGUUUUUAUUGGGUGUUUUACUAUCUGUUUUGUCUUCUUUUCUCUAUACAUAUGUUACAAUUUUGUAAUGGAAGUUACAGAAUGCAGAUGUUGUGAUGUGCUCUUUGUUCUCUCUUCUUUAAAAACCUUACAUAAACUAUUUUUUUGCUAGUUUUCCCAUGAAAGUAAUGUGGUAACAGUUAUUUUAGAGGGAUUUUAAUCAUGGUCUUAAGGCAGUAAGGCUGAGCUGUGGUGAGCACUCCCUUCCAAUUGCCUAGGUGACGUCUAGGCAGUGAUAAGGCGAGGAAAGGCUAUGGCAUACGAAUGUACCAUGUGGCUGAGGAAAAAGGAAAAGAAUAAAGAAAAAUAAAGAGGGUAAGAAGGGGCUGGCCCAGCCCAUGUAACCCUCCGCUGGGUGACAUCCAUGGAUACGUUAAAUGAGGAUCCCGAUUCUCAGCACCGCUGCUCGCCCUCUGCCUCUUGCAUGUGAAGCAGCACAAUCAGAAUGCAGAAGGCUUUCCAUCUCAUAGAAGUAAAAGGAUGUCUUUGGAAGUCUCUAUGCAGAAAUCUCUUGGUUUUGGCUUGAAGUCUGAUAAUGGCAAACAUGAUUAUGUUGCAAAUGAUACGGUUCAAUCCCUGCAUAAGCAAGAUAGUAAGAUAGUGAUAAAAAAGACCAUAAAAUUGUUGGACGGUCCACCUUAUCCAAAAAGGCCAAAGCUUGAGCCAGCACAAACUGGUAGAGAUGCUGAGGCUAAGGGACAUGAAUUCAUAUCACAGAAGAAUGUGCCUGAUUUAACACCAUGCACAACAUCUGAAAAAUCUCGGUUGCUCAAGCAGAAGCGCAUUUCUGAUGGAAAGAGAACUGAUAAGAAGAAUAUUAGGUCUGGUGUCAGAUCGAAACAUGAUUGUUUCUCAUCAAAGGCUGGUUUAGCAAAUUUUGAUUCUGGUUUCUCAGGAAACAGCGUGCUUGGAGCACAUGGCCUUAAAUCUGAUAUUCGUGACAUCACACAUCACAUUGAGAACCUGUCAUUGAUCGAACUUCUUGAUGGCACUUACAAGUAUUCCAGUUUAGGAAGAGAUAAAGGAAAGAAGGUAUUGCACACGAAGGAGGAACUCCUAGUCUCUGUCAGAAAAACUUUUUCUAUGCUUUCUGACAUGGACUAUCGCCAUGGAAAGGACUCUAAUCUCAUUCUGAGCCCUAAACUUUCUUCUGCAAGUACUUCUAGCUGUGAUAUCAAAGAACAAUGUGGUGACAAGCCACCCCUCUUGGUUAAGGACCCAUCACAAAUUAAUCUCUGUGAUAGUGCACUUUGUCAUCCAAAAGAUAUCUUAAGCCGUUUAACUCUUCCUCAUCGACAAGAUCUAGACUCUCUUUUAGCACCCGGAAGGGAGAGCACAGCUGCAGUUAAGCCUUAUAUGCCUUCCAUGACAGUUCAUGGAGCUAGUUUGCCACCAUUUCCUUGGUCACAUUCACAGGCUGGGGGCUGUCGACAAGGUGUUGACUGUGGUAAACAUGGAUCAAGUAGGAGUAACUCCCAGUGGCAAUGGGUGCGGGUUGGCUCCAACCUCACUUCUCUAGAUCAUGAAGACACGUCUGUCCAUAGAAUUGAUGAUCUCCUUCAAGAGAUGGAUGCAGCAAAAUUAUGUAUAUUGGAUCCAUGUGAUGGACAACAUAAUUUGUGUGGCACAGAAUCAACUUCUGGAUCACUUGUACAAAACAUUCACUCCAGAAAAAUUGGGGGUGAGCAUGGUUCUCAGCAACUGCAGCCCCAGGAUCAUCUUGACUCUUUAGAUGGUUUCCAGAAGCAUGACAUUGAUUAUUCUCUUUUAAAAACAUCUCAAGUAUCGCCAAAGAUACAGUGCGCCGCUGAGAUCUUAUGUGAUAUGAGAAGGAGCACUGAAUCAUGGAUUGGCCAAGGAUACAGCAAUGGGACAAUUAAGUGGCCAAAAUCACCACCUGAAAAGGCGAUGAAAGCCCGGAAGCCCUCAUCCCAGUUUGGUACAACUGAGAGCUCGUCAGGUUCUCGUAACAAUGAGGCAACUUGGAAUGGGAGCAGUCACUCUACCAAGAAAAUUGUUGACAGGAACAAUGAUUCUGCACGCUUGAAUAACCCUGGUAAGGGAACUAUAAGAUGGCCUGUCCCUGUUGAAGACAAUGCUUCUCCUGUCAGGUCCGAGCGGGGUCUUAUGGUCGACAUGAGGCAGCCCCAUGGAAAUGGCGGAAGGCAUCUGGUCCAGGUGUCAUCACAGACACGGCUUGAGAAGGAGUAUGAGAACCAGCAGAAGUUGAGGAAGGCAACACUGACCUCUUCUCUAGGAUCUGCAGGAGAUUGGAAUAGGGAGAAGAACAGGAGAAUGUGAAGUGUACAUUAUUCAUGUCAAAAUCAUAGGGUACGGUAUAUCGUCUGGGGGACAGCGGGAACCAGGCAACUGUUUCAUAAGAGGUCACAGAACAUUGGCAGAUGUCAUAAUUUAGGUGGCUGGUGAUGUAUCUAUUGGGCCAUUUGUUGUUGGGGGGAAACUGCUGUAUUUAGUGUAAUUUAUUUUUUAUUGCCAUCGUAUCACAGGUCUCGUCUCAAAGUCGCCCGUUUUGUAUUAUAUAGUACUAUUAUUAUGUGUCGA